AUGCUGCAGUUUUAUUCGCAGCAGCAGUCACGCCUCCGUGAGCAAAUAGCUGCUCAAAAUGCUCGCUUCGAGACCCUCACGUCCAAGCCUCCAGCGGCUAGAAAAGCCGAGCCGCCCAAGUAUCAUGGAACGUUGAGUGAGAACCUCGAGCUGCGGUUCUUUACGAUCGAACAAUACUACGCUGACUAUCAUCCUCUGAUGGUGGAGGAAUCACCAUCGUUUGUCACGAUGAUUUCGUGCCAUCUGGCAUCUACCCCUAUGAACUGGUAUCGCCACAUUAGAACUACGGUUCUAUAUCAACAAGGUCUCCGUAAAGAGACAAACAACCAUCUCAGGGAACACCAUCCAGCUACUUUGGAAGAGACCAUUCAGCUGGCACUACGCUUCGACCAUGGGCUGCAACGCCCGGCUCAAGCCUCUUCGGACUGGGAGAAGACGGCCACUUGCCACCGAUGCAAGGCUGUGGUCCAUAUCGCACCAAACUGUCCAAACAAGUAG